AUGCGCGUCCACGCCGCCCACCUCCUCGUACCCGCGCCUCCCACGCCCCGCCGCCAUGCCACCCUCCGGUUCGCCGUCUCCGCCGCGGCGACAUCGGUGAACGUGAACCAGGCCGACGCUGCUGGCAAGCAGGCCGUCAUCGUCGGCGGCGGGCUCGCGGGCCUCGCGGCGGCCACGCACCUGGCCUCCCUCUCCGUGCCGUUCACGCUCCUGGAGGCCUCGGACCGCGUCGGCGGCCGCGUCGCCACCGACGAGGUCGACGGGUACCUGCUCGACCGGGGCUUCCAGAUCUUCCUCACCGCGUACCCCGAGUGCCAGCGCCUCCUCGACUUCCAGGCGCUGCGCCUCCAGCCGUUCUUCCCCGGCGCGCUCGUCUACAUCGGCGCCGGCGAGGGCGGGUCGCCGUUCCACAUGCUCUCCGACCCGUUCCGCUUCCCCAUCCGCUCCCUCUCUUCGGUCUUCUCCCCCGUCGGCACCCUCCCCGACAAGCUCCUCGUCGGCAUCACCCGGCUCCGCGCGGCCGCCACCCCGGACGACGUCAUCCUCUCCUCGCCGGAGACGACCACCGCGAGGCACCUGGAGAAGCUCGGGUUCUCGCCGUCCAUCGUGGAGCGGUUCCUGCGGCCGUUCCUCGCGGGGAUAUUCUUCGACCCGGCGCUCGACACGUCGUCCCGCCUCUUCGAGCUCGUGUUCAAGCGCCUCGCCCUUGGUGACAACGCCCUGCCGGAGGCCGGGAUCGGCGCCAUCGCAGCGCAGCUCGCGGACCGCCUCCCCGCGGGCUCCGUUCGCCUCAACGCCCGCGUCGCCGCCAUCGACCCGUCGUCCGGCGUGACGCUCGACACCGGCGAGACCGUGUCCGGCAAGCUCGGCGUCAUCGUCGCAGUCGAGCAGCCGGAAGCAGAGAAGCUCCUGCCGCAGCUACCUGCGAGACCCAAGAACAAGAAGGCGGCCGAGAGGAGCACCGUGUGCCUCUACUUCUCCGCGGACCGCGCCGCGGUGCAAGAACCCGUGCUGCUCCUCAACGGGUCGGGCAAGGGGGUCGUGAACAACAUGUUCUUCGCGACCAACGUGGCGCCGUCGUACGCGCCGGCGGGGAAGGUGCUGGUGUCCGUGUCGCUCGUGGGCUCCUUCGCCGACCGGGAGGACGCGGAGCUGGCCGGCGAGGUUGUCCGGGAGCUCGGCGGGUGGUUCGGGGCGGGGGAGGUGGCGUCGUGGGCGCACCUGAGGACGUACCGCAUCGGCUUCGCGCAGCCGGACCAGACGCCGCCCACGGAGCCAGCGGGGCGGGACCCCAGGGCCGGCGACGGCGUGUACGUGUGCGGCGACCACUGGUGCUCCGCCACGUUCGACGGCGCGAUGGUGUCUGGGAGGAGGGCGGCCGAGGCCCUGGCCAAGGAUGGGGGGCUGUCCCAAUCCUUGAGCUGA